AGGAGGACAAAAGAGAAGAUAUUCCAGUGUUCUUUCCUGUGUUAAAACGUGCGGCAAUGGUGUGGCUUUGGUGCUCAUUUGCACUUCCAUCGUUUUAUUAAAAAAAUAGUUUAUCCUUUUAUUAAAAAAAGAGGACAAAAGAGGAAGGAUGUAUUCAUUGAUAAGAACCACCAACCAACAUUUGUUGGUGGUUGAAUCGAAAAGCAUUUCUGGAAAUGGAACCAGAAGUGUUAUAUUCCAAAAAGGGGGAAAAAGGCACGUUGGACUUGUUGUAUGCAAAUCUAAUAAUUACAAUUUUAUAAAUGAAAGAAAACAUCAGGAAGAAAAGGGCCACUUACAAAAAACAAAGCCGCUAAGCACUAAAUCAAUCAAUGAGGGAGGUCGCCCAUCUAACGAGGAAGAAAGUCGUCUAAACAAAGACGAAAGCACAAUUUCCAAAAUUACACCUGACAUUGAAACUAAAAUCGAAAAAUUAUACACAUCAAAAGAGGAUAAUGGUCGACCAAACAAUGAAAGAGAAAGCCAUUCAACUAAGAAAGAAAAUUUUCCAACCAAACACGUCCCAACAAAUAACAUAAAAGCACCGCAAACUCAAGUUAAGUGCAACGUACUCUAAAGUAAAACAACAAAA